AUGACCGGCGGCAACCAAACUGAAGAACAAUGUGGUACUCAUGAUCCAGCGAUUGAGCCGCCUCCGAGCAGUAUAUCCCCCACCCAAGCGGAUCCCGAACAAGCCGAACUCGACGAUUUUGGAUUGCCCAAGAAGCCAGUGAAAAGACCACGUCCUGCUGAGUCGGAUGCUAGCGGAGAUGAGGGUGACACUUUCCACGACGUCGAAGGGUACGAUGACAACAAGUCGGUGCAGGAGAAGGCAAAGGCCGAGCCUGACGGAAGCACUCCGCGUAAGGACGCGGUGACGGGUGUGGAUGAACGCAGCAGGAAAUCAAGCGAAGACACAGACAUGCCCGUCCCCACCACUGAGCAUUCGGCGGAUGAAGAAGACGAUGGUGGCGGAGUAAUAAGGGCGGACAACAAUACGGAGGAUACUGACCAGAGACCUCCGCUGGCCACCACUCAUAAUGGCAUCCCAGGAUCUGACGAGUCUGCAGCUUCAGCUCAUGCGGACCCCGAACCCGCAUUAAACGAGACCAACCCCAUCCGUGACUCUCAGCUGUCGUCCGCGACCGUCAUACCAAAACGUGAACACCGGUCAACGGCUCCCGCGGUCUCCGAAUGGUCCCACCAAAGACAGGUCGCAGGUGGUUUGCCAAUUGACCAUGACGAAGAAGAAGCGGAAGAAGAGGCAUGGCAGGCGAUGCAGGCCUUGGAUGAAUUUGAUGUCUAUGACGAUGAUGGCCGGCUUAUUGCCAAGGGCAACAAGGAGACGGAGGAAGAGAUGAACCCCUAUGCUGGGAUCGGUGGGGCCGGUAAAGGAUAUACAAGGGUACAACUAGACGAGGACGCACAAUCUGCGACUAGUUUGGACGAAGACACCAACUAUCUAUUCCAACAUGGGCCGCAGCCAACGAAACCGGACACGGAGCUCGACGAGCAAGAUGAGCAGCGAGACGCUGUUACCCAGUUGGAAGCCACGAAGGAUCUGCUGACUGAAGGGCAGCGCAUUGCCUACGUGGGUGUGGUCCGCCUGACGAUUCAUAAAAUGUCUGAGGCCUUGGCCAAUAUGGAGAAAACUAAAGGCACCAGGAGGGAGAUCGCUAAGGCCGUUGAAAGCAUGGACAUGUGGGCACAGAAGAUGAUGCUUCGCCUCUAUACUCACAUGGACAUCAGCCCGGCGGAGCAGAUCAUGAUCGAGCAACUUGCCGAACAUGGGGUACAGCCGUCAGAUCUGGUCAGUCCGCUCAUGAAGAAUGCCAGGGUGAAAAAUCCAAUCACAAACGACGAGCCCACUCAAAAUUCGACGCCGGAGAUCUCGCCAAACAAGGACUCAACUGUUUCUCGUUCAUCAAUGAAGAGUAAUGGCGAAAGUUCGAGAGAUGGUGAAGAGGUCCCGGAAGUUCAUGGCCCGCAAGACAUGCCAUAUACUGGGCAGAUCGAGCUUGAUCUUCGUUGGACCGUGCUUUGUGAUCUAUUCCUCGUCUUGAUCUCGGACAGUGUUUACGACUCUCGGUCCAGGCGACUUCUAGAAAGAGUGGGCUCGACCAUGAACAUCAGCUGGGCCCAGAUUUGUCGGUUUGAGAAGAGAGUCAUGGAUGCGUUGGAAAUGCAAGAGGCCGAGAUUCAGGAGAGUUGGGACGAAUCCGAAAACAUGGAGAAACGACGCAAGCUAGGUCUCAAACGCAGAUACAUGGUAAUGGGCCUUGCGACAGUCGGCGGGGGUCUGGUCAUCGGGCUCUCGGCAGGCUUGCUGGCACCCGUUAUUGGGGCCGGUCUUGCGGCUGGCUUCACGACCAUCGGUGUUACCGGUACUGCAGGGUUCUUGGGCGGAGCUGGCGGAGCUGCACUGAUCACUUCCGCGGCCACGGCGGCUGGUGGUACAAUUGCUGUUCGGGCGUCGGACCGGCGGACGGGGCACGUCAAGACCUUCGAAUAUCGACCACUACACAAUAACAAACGGCUCAACCUAAUCCUGACCGUUUCUGGUUGGAUGAAUGGCAAGGUUGACGAUGUACGAUUACCGUUCAGCACCAUUGACCCUAUCAUGGGUGAUAUUUAUUCUUUGCUCUGGGAGCCGGAAAUGCUCCAGUCGAUGGGUGACACCAUUAAUAUCCUGGCGACGGAAGCAUUGACGCAGACCGUCCAGCAAGUCCUUGGUAGUACCAUCUUGGUGGCUCUCAUGGCGUCCAUUCAGCUGCCGAUUGUGUUGUCGAAAUUGGCUUACCUGAUCGACAACCCUUGGAGCGUUUCUUUGGAUCGGGCCAACGCUGCCGGUCUCAUCUUGGCGGAUUCACUCAUUGACAGGCAUUUGGGCCAGAGGCCGAUCACCCUGGUUGGAUUUUCUCUUGGGUCAAGGGUCAUAUUUUCGUGCUUAAAAGAACUGUCUCGGCGAGGAGCGUACGGCGCGGUGCAAAAUGUGUAUCUGUUCGGUUCGCCUGUGGUGGCCAAUAAGGACGAAUACCUUCGUGCCCGGUCAGUCGUUUCUGGCCGGUUCCUCAACGGCUAUGCGUCCAAUGACUGGAUUCUGGGCUACUUGUUUCGAGCGACGUCGGGCGGCAUCAUGCGUGUUGCAGGACUUGCUCCGGUGGAAGGAAUUCCAGGGGUCGAAAACAUUGAUGUCAGCAAACUGGUGAAUGGCCACAUGGCUUACCGUUCGGCCAUGCCACGGUUGAUGCGAGAAGUCGGAUGGGAAGUGGAGAGCGACGAGUUCACCGAGAUCGAGGAUCCUGAUCCUGAGAAUCACGCAAAACGGCAGCGCGAGCUCAUCCAGGAGAUCGACGAAGCCCGCAGGAAGGCCGAAGAAAAGCCCGAGAAGAAGAAAUUCGGCCUCUUCAAAAGAGGCAAGAUGGCGGAGAAACGAGGGUGGGAAACGUACAACCAGACCAACCUGGGCCAGACGUGGAGUGCCAGCGGGAAUAAAGACUCGGGCGCCGCCGCGGGUGGGAACGUGUUGUUCGACAUUGACGCGAUCCGGAAGGAACUCGAAAGCGAAAUGAUAGAAGUGAGAGAAUUGGACAGCACCUUGCCUCCAAUGCAAAUCACCUCGAUCCAGAAUGGAGAGAAGCACGUGGAAUAUCUCCGACUUCCGCCAGAUAUGAAACCUGACGAAGUGGCCAGGAUGAACCUCCCGCCGCGGCCAGAUGAGGUUGACGUCGAAUUUGCUCCGGCACGUCCUGCACCCGUAAGGCCAGCAAGAACGUCAUCUUCCCUCCGGCCGGGCUCGCUGGCCUCUCCUCGGAUUAGUCCGGGAAUGAGUCCGCAACGCUCACCGAAUGCAUCUCCAGAACCAAGUGGACGAUCAUCCUAUACCUACUCGGAACCGAGAGAAUUGGUGAGCACAUUGCCGCCGCUGAGCUUGACUUCUUCGCCAUCCCUAAGGACAGAGAGUCUCAAGACGUCUACCACUGUACGACCCGAGCUGAAACCACACGCCACAGAGCCAUCGGCGUCCAGUUGGAAUCGACAGGGCAUGAUGUCCGAUCCCGAUCUUACGCAAACGAUGGCAAGCUUGAACUUCGAGCACAACGCUUGGGCAGACGAUGACGAUGAGCAUUCGCAUCCACACGGAGACAUCCAGAUGACGUUUGAAUAA